AUGAAUAUAAUAGGCUUAAAGGUACAUGUCGUUAAUCGACACGGGAAGUUUUCUCAAACUCUGGAGAAGGUAAAAAGGAAUAUAAUCAACUUUGCAUCAUACAACUCCUCAUCCUCAGGAAAAUCGAAGGAAAUUCCCCUAAGUGCUUUAGAUGGAACAGAUAAUGAUGAUAGGGGCAGAGGACUUAUAAGAUUCAUCUUGAUUAUAAUUGACACAAGUGUUGGACUAACUCGAGAAAUAAGCCGUGCUAUGGCUGAUUACCGAAAAGACUUCCCUAAGAAUGUGUCCCUUCGAGUUGUUUGGCUUGAUAAACCAGGUGUAGACGAGGAUAAGCUACCUUCAACUGACAUAUUCAUCGCAAAACCACUACAUGGUUCUGAUUUAUAUCGUGCCCUCGAAUUUGUACCAGAGUUUAGAGAUAAAUUUUUACCACCAACCGUCAUACAAGAAGAAAUGAAGGAUGAAACAACUUCAAGAAUGAAGAUACAACAACCUCUGGUGAAUCCACCCUUAGAAGCGAAAAGACAGGAUGUUUCUGUUGAUGUUAACGGAAGUUCUAGUAAUAACUUACCUUUAACAGGAAAGAAAAUCUUGGUGGUUGAGGAUGAUAACAUGUUACUUAUGAUUUGCCUAUUCGUGGUUUCUAAGCUUGGUGCAACCACUUACACAUGCGGAAAUGGUGAAGAAGCUCUAGAUCUUGUCUGCAAAGGCCUUAGUGAUCAACGAGAUAUAGGGCCAUUCACUCCUUCACCACCAUUUGAUUAUAUUAUGAUGGAUUGUCAGGUAAAAUUUGAUUCGUAUUCAUUCUUCUAG